UUUAUCUCUUCGGUCGCCCGUUCAAUCGUCCACUUGCUGUCAAUUUGAUUAGAAUUAGAAAUUUGAGGUUAUACUGUCACUAUCCCACAAUUCCAUAAAUCGUAUCAUCUGACUAAAAUCUCAAACUAGAUAUUAAUACAAUGGAUGCUCUAUCCACGGGUUCGCUCUCUGGAGCACAGAAAGAAGAGUUGAUGGAUCAGGUGAAACAGCAAAUUGCUAUUGCGAACGCUCAGGAGUUACUGACGAAAAUGUCUGAGAAAUGUUUCAAAAAGUGCAUCAAUAAACCGGGCACAGCGCUGGACAAUUCCGAACAGAAGUGCAUUGCGAUGUGCAUGGACAGGUAUAUGGACGCGUGGAACCUGGUGUCGCGGACGUACAGCAGUCGUAUCCAGCGAGAGAGGAACAACAUGUGAAAGCGACCACCAGGGACAGAGAGCCGUGUGCGAGCGCGUCACUGUAAAUAUAGACGACUUAGUAGUUACAAAGCAUUUGAAAUUGUGAGUUGCGGCUGCCGGUUAUGUUAAUGUGUUCAAUAAAAGUACUUUAGGUUGUUA